AUGAUCCCUAACCAUCCUCAGGAUCAGCCCUUUCAGGCAAUCCCAGGGAACUCACAGUCUCAUCUAUUUCCACUUCUGCCGUUGGAGCAGUCCCAUCAGCACCAACUUAAUACUUCAUCAUCUUCUUCCUUCUACCAUCCUGACCUCGCAAACAUUACACCAUAUUUUAACCACAACAACGCUCAGUUUGACCCGCCGAUCAAUCACUCACAAAACCAAGACUACCACAAUAUGUCCGACCACAGUUCACAACUACAGCUACAACAGCUACAGCAACUACAGCAGCAACAGCAGCACCAACAACAGGACAUACCGUUGCACAAACCUAAACGCCAGCGUGUUUCGCGAGCAUGCGAUUCGUGCCGCAAGAAAAAAACCAAGUGUGAUGGAAAAACGCCAUGUACUCACUGCACAACCAACGCGUACCAUUGUCUGUACACCGAACCAGAGCCCAAGCCCAAAAUUAAAAAAGUCCGUCCCAGUCCGUCUUCUGCUCUUGAAACACGACUUCAACGAAUCGAAGCGAUGCUCGAGAUUGUGACACCGCUUAUUGAGCAAAACCUGCCACAGCUUAUGUCUUUAACAUCCUCGGCGAUUCGAGUUGGGAGUAGCAGUAACAAUAGUAAUAAUAAUAGUGGUGGGAGUGAUGCAGGUAAUGACAAAAAUGGCAAAUCAGUUGGCCGAGUUUUGUCCUCACCUUCGUCAUCUUUAUCAUCAUCAAUAAUCAAGAAAAAAACCUCGGCUUCUUCGAAAAAAUGGAAAUCUACAUAUUCUAGUGGAGACCAAAAGCAACAACAACAAAGGCAACAAAUUCAACUCCACAAAAAUCAAAGCGAAGAGGAGGAAAACAAUGAUGAAGAAGAGGAUGAAGACGAUAAUGACGACGAUCCAGAUCAUGAGGAGGACGAAGAAGACGAAGAUGAGGACGAAGAGGAUGAGGAUGAUGAUGAUGAGAAGGAUACCGAUAACGACGAAGCAGAUCUUCAUAAAGAUGCUUCCAAACCACUGAAAAUCUCCAAACCUAAAAAGGGUUCCCAGGAAAUUAUUGUGGGUGCCCCAACUCUUUCCUGUCUCAACCCUAAAAGCUCCUCUAAAGCACCAGUCUUUAGUACGCGUAAAGAAACAAACACUGCCAUGUGGGAGAACUCCAAGGAAGAAGAAAUACCCUACCAGCCCGUUGUUCUUCAUUUCACUAAGCGUGAUAUGGCUCACCAUUCCAUCAAAGCCAAAAAAAACGAUGUUAUGGCCAUCACCGUCCAAAAUAGCUAUACCCAGCUUUUUGUCGAGUCAGCGCCUAUGUUUUUUUGUUCCCCCAAUGGGUUCCACUGGAUAUCUCAUCAGAUGAACGAUCCUACAUUGAUGGCUAAGCUUAAUGUAGCUUACAAGCAGGCUCAAACAGGUAUUCGCGAAGGCAUGAUACAGUUUUUACGCCAGACUGAAAACCCACUUCAAUUUGACAAAGAUAUGGUUUUUCUUGGAAUUUAUGGGUUUCUUCGCAGUUUCCCCGUUGCAAGUAUUUUUUCCUUUGAGGAGCUCGACCGAAUCAUCUUUGCCGAGUUUGGUUGUCAUCUUCCUGAUGGUGACGUCACUGCAGAGUUUAAAAAACGAUAUUCUGUGUACUUGCGGGAGUUCAAACUUCCAACCGCUUUCCGAUACAGAGGCAGUGCCACUCGUCGAAGUAGUGGUGACAGCAACAGCAGUAGCAGUAAUAACAGCACUAGCAACGAAGAUUAUACUCCAUAUGGUGUCUCGGCAUCAAUAGACAACCUCAUGCCUGGAGAAACUUUAACAGGCUUCAAUGGUUAUGCUGAAAAACUGUGUAUAGCUGCCGCCACCAGUCUUGGUCUUUUGACUCUCAUUGCUAUACCCAGCUCGAGGUAUACUAACAAGUCACCCGACGAUCAUCCUACUGAUUCUCCCUUUUUGGCAGCAAUUUCUCAGGGGUUUAUCCCCAAGGACUUUGACACUAAUAGAGUCACAUAUAAGACUUCAAGUGACUAUCUUUCAUGCGCACUAUUUCAUCUUGAACGCCUUUCUUUUGUUGGAAACUCGCUAAGUGGAAUAAAAGGUGGGACUAUUUUGCUUUUUCUUUUCACUUGCUGCCUCAACUUUAUGCCUGCAAUUCCCAUAUCCUCAAUAAUGGUACGCCUUGCGCAAGACCUAGGUCUUCAUCGCAAAGAGUCAUAUGAAAAUUUACCAGCUGACGAAGCAAAAUCAUGUUUGACACUGUGGUGGACUCUUUACUGUUUGGAAAAGGAUGUUUGCCUUAAACUUGGCAGACCAUCACAUAUUUUCGAGCAAGAUAUUUCUGCUCCAGUAUGUUACGUUCCUAUUUCUAUUAAAACUCCUGAAAUUGAUGAAGAACUUAAAAACUUUAGUUUUAUCACAGCUGCAGUCGAACUUUACCAGAUUUGGGACCAUAUUUAUGUGGAGCUCAACUCUCCAAAGUCAAAAUCUCUUAGUAUUAAAGAUCGCCUUACAAAAGUGGUAGCCUUUGAUAAAGAACUAAUCAAGUGGAAAGAAAGCUUGCCAGUGUCUGUUCAACCAGGAUCGCCUACCAUUGCCAGUCUGCUAAACAUGAGCUUUGAAGUUGAUACUUCACUCUGGAUCCUCAAGCAUCUUGUCUAUUAUAUGCAAACCACCUAUUAUUUUAUUCUUUCUGGAUUACACCGACACGUUGCCAGUCAUCCAAGUUGGAUCUACAGAGUUGCACGCGUGGGCGACAACAAGACCGAAAAGGGGCUCGAACAUUUCGAUGCAGAAACAGUUGAUCACCUUUUGCGUGAAGUGCGCGAGGACUACAAGUUGGGAAAACCCUACGUCUCGAAAAUAAAAAAUGGAGUCCGUCUCAUCACGCGCAAUAUUGCACAAGAGUAUCCGCGACUAUUGGGAUCGCCCGACAUUUGCAUUGAGUCGGCACGCAAUACCAUCAAGUGCAUUCUUGCGUUGCAUCCUUGGACCUAUGUGCCUCUCUGGCGGUGCUCGUUUUUCGGGUUCAAUGCGUUCGUGACACUUUUUGUUAAUGGCAUUUUCACACAUUCACGCAAGGAGGUGUUCACCGAUUUAGUCUACAUGCGCAAUAUGAUUGAGGUGUAUGACCGGUUAUUUGAUCGCAGCAAGGAUUUCAUGCACCAAACACGGGCUCAUUUUCUUUUAAAUUUGCUGGUUGACUGUCUGGGCACUUAUAUUGAGCACAAGCAACCGCGCGAUCCAACAAACAAGAAUAGUGCUACGCCGGCAUCGAAUAAGAAGAAUGUUCAACAGCAAGAAGGCGCUUCUUCUGAGAGUCCGCUGAAAGAUAGGUCCCGACAAGACAAGACCCAUCGGGACAAUAGAGAGAAGAAUUCAACGACAGGAAUUCCUGUGACUUUAUCUGAGGCUCAUCUUUCGGCAGAGCUUACAUCGUGUGUACAUGUACCAAGCGAUUCCCAUUUCCCUGGACAUGUUGCGUCGUCAUCUUUUUCCAGUCCGCAACAUAAUCAGCACUCAUAUCUGCAACAGCAACAGCAACAGCUCCAGCAGCAACAGCAACAGCCACAGCAACAGCCACAGCAACAACUACAGCCACAGCCACAGCCGCUGCCGCUGCCGCAGCAGACCAACAAUGGUGCGACAGGAAUUGAAUCCACAUUGCUGUCGUAUCCACAACACCAACAACAAACGCUCCAUAGAGAUGAGCACUUGGUGAAUCCCAUGAGUCAUUCACCACCGUCAUCGCUUUCUUCGCCUGGUUCUAAUGGCGGGGUUGCGAUGCACAAUGGCUUGUACAAUCUACAGCAAACUCAGUUUUUGUCUGGGUUUGCUAACGGCCAGAAUCCGUUCCCUCUUCAACAGAACGCUGCUAACAGCACACAGUUUUCUCCAGUAGGGUAUAAUCAUCCCCCACCACAACAAAUGCAGAGUUCGCAGUUUAAUCAUCAUUCUCAGGCACCUGGUAUAUCUUUUUCUUCAACAUCUGUAUCGUCAAAUUCAUCUCCAAUCAACACACUAGGAACAGGCUCAGCCUCUGCUUCGACUACUGGGGCUGCUUCUUCGUCAAACCCAGGAACAACGGCGGGCGUUGAUAUGCUAGACUAUGACUUGGAUUCUGAUUUUUACAAUAGUAUUUUCAUGGGUCCUGCGACGUGGGCAAAUCUCGACUCAGUCUAUAACUCAGUAUUUGGCUUAAAUACCAACACUUUUGGAAUAGUACCUGGAGGCGAUAAUUCUGGCACCCCAUAUUCUCAAGAUGGCAAUGUUGAUGUUGACAUGGGCCCUAAUGGGUGGUCAACGUCGUCGACAAGUGAGUUUACUCCGAACCAGGCCAAUACCCCGGAUUCUGUUAGUGGUGCUACAAACGGAACAACAACAACAACAACAACAACGACUACGACGACAACGAGUGGAAAAUAA